AUGGCCGGCAAGAUCGAGAUCUUCACCGUGUACCAGCACGACAGGCUGAACGAGACCGGGUACGUCGUGGUCACCGGCGACGAAGGUGCCCCCUCCAGCGACACCACCAGGCCCUUCGGCAGCAUCUACGUCUUCCGCGACGACCUGACCCUGCACAACGACAGCGAUUCCCCCGUGGCCGGCGUGAUGGAGGGGACGGCCACCACGACGAACUUCGACGGGCUGCACAACCUGCUGGCGGCCAAAAUCUCGCUCCACCACCGCGGCUACAGGGGCUCCGUCUCUGUCCUCGGGGGCUCCCACGACGUCGGUGUAUCCGGUGGUCGAGCCGCGCUCGCUUCUCGCCGCCGACCAAAGCCGCCGCCGCCGGCUCCGGUGCCCUGGCGUGCAGAGCACCGGGAAUCUGCCCUUGGACGCGCCCUGGUUUUGAGCCACCUCGUUGUCGGCCGCCCAGUCCAGGUCUUGCGCCACAUCGGCGCUCUCCUCCACCACCUGUUCGUCGUCGUCGUACGAGCCAGGGAAGGAGGCCUCGUGGACGCCAGGAACACAAUCACGAACCUUUGA